CAGAUGCUGCUGCUGCUUCUACCCCUGCUGUGGACAGGGUCCCUGACUCAGGGCUCAGAAUUCUGGCUGCAAGUGCAGGAGACGGUGAAGGUGCAGGAGGGCCUGUGCGUCUCUGUGCCCUGCCGCUUCUCCUACCCCUACUCCCCAUCCUACUGGACCUCGUCUUCCCCUGUUCAUGGCUACUGGUUCCGUGAAGGGGCCAGUGCACACCAACAUGCUCCAGUGGCCACAAACAACCCAGGUCGUAAAGUGCAGGAGGAGACCCAGGGCCGAUUCUACCUCCUCGGGGAUCCCCGGGCCUACAACUGCUCGCUGGACAUCAGAAGUGCACAGAGAAGGGACUCGGGGACAUACUUCUUCAGGGUGGAGAGAGGGUCUUCUGUGAGCUACAGUUACACACAGAACCAGCUCUCUGUGCAAGUGACAGCUCUGAACCACACACCUGACAUCCUAAUCCUGGGGACCCUGGAGCCUGGACACCCCAGGAACCUAACCUGCUCUGUGCUGUGGGCCUGUGAGAGGAGCACACCGCCCAUCUUUUCCUGGACGUCAGCUGCCCUCACCUCCCUGGGCCCCAGAACUCACCUCUCCUCGGAGCUCACCCUCACCCCACGGCCUCAGGACCAUGGCACCAACCUCACUUGUCAAGUGUACCUCCCUGCAGCUGGUGUGAUGGUGGAAAGGACCAUCCAGCUCAAUGUCACCUGUGCCACACAGAACCCAACAACUAGUGUCUGCCUGGGACACAGCCCAGUAAAAUCAGAGCCCAUGGCAGAGUUGGUUCUGGUGGCCAUUGCAGAAGCAGCUGUCAAGACCCUGUUUCUCCUGCUCUGUCUCGUCAUCCUCAUAGUGAGGUUCCUCAGGAAGGAGACAGCCAGGCCUGCAGGGGACCUGGAGGAGGCAAAGCCCACCCCCACUUAAUCCCUCAGCAUGAGGAGCUAUGGGUCCUCUCCAGGGCCAAGACCAAGGCUGGGUUUGAAGGCCUGGCAUGGUCCGCUCCCCACUAGACCCUCCACCGGGAUCUCUACCUCUCCCUGCUUCUUGCAACAUCUCCACAACCAGCUGGGCCAAGGUUUUGCAUGUGCCCUUCCUUCUCCUGAAGUACAGUUUCCUCCCCAACCCUGCAUCUCCAAGUCCUAAUCAUCUUCAGGCUCAGUCUUAAAAGCCAACUAGCCCCGUAUGUGUGUGUGACUCACAUGAUUUUGAAUCAAGUCGUAUUCAGUUAAGAAUAGACUCCUUCAGCAAGUACUACUGAACACCUACUAUGUGCCACCUUGUUUUGGUUUCGGGUGCAUCAGUGAACACAACAAAAUCUCUGUCAUCAAGAACUGUCAUUCUGGAGACAAGAAAUCAAAAGAAAUAAAUAAUAAAUAAUAUUAGA